UUUUUACUGUGUUGAUUUAUCAAUUUUCAAUCCAAACAUUGCAAUUUCUUCUGCUAUGUAACUUUUCGGCAUCGGGUAGUUUACUUUUUAUGUUAUGUCGGCGAUCUUGCCAACUUCUGUUAUCGCCGAUAUUUCCCCUACCUACUCCUACUUGCUUCUUUUUUGAAGCCUUCACCGAGCCUUGUCUUGCGGAAUUAAUUCUCUCUUUUUUUUUACGAUGGGUAGCAUAGGUCUUUUACCGGCCUCGAAAACUUCGAUGAACCGUAAGAAUAGUCCAUCGCAAGUUGAACGCGCCGGACCCACGGAUUCUUUCCCCACUAACUUGCUCGGUUUCUUGCGUACGCUUGCAUCUGAUACCAUUUCGCAAGAUGCCGUCGAAUCUGGGCCCCGUAAGAAGCGUGCCCGGAUUGAUCAUGUUGAGUCUAUCCCGAUCGCAAGAGAGUUUUUGGCGAUUAAGCGCCCGGCUCACUCCGAUGAACCAGACGCCGAACCAAUUUCGUAUGCGAAUGUUCAAUCUCACAUGAGAAUCCAGUAUGAUGAUUCUGAACACAUACUCAAUUUUUCAUCAAUUCCCCAAUCCCCUUAUGGCACUUUCAAGUCGGAAGUCAACCUAGGUCAUCCCCAAUUCACUAAGAGGAUGUUAGUGAUCCUAGAGGUUCUAAGCCGCAGUCGAGACACUUCUAACGAAGGUGCUCUCUGGGUGAGUGUUGGUGUUGAGUUGGACAGGAAAAGUGAUAAGGACCUCCUGCAACUCUCCCUUGAACUGAACUGGAACUCAACUACGUAUUUCUUCCGAAAUACCUAUCACCGAGCGCUUAGUCGGCGGGUUCUGGAUACAUUCUUCAGCGGCCAUUGUCAAGGACGAACCGAUGCUGCAGAGGAAAAGAUGUCACCCCAGGCAUUUUAUAACGCCGCUUUCGUUCCAAAGAAUGACCACACAAACUAUUUGUCCCUGACAGCUCCUCGAUUGACUUCGAGAUUAUUCCCUUUCCAACGUAGGGCAUUACAAUGGCUUUUGAACAGGGAAGGUGUCAAGUGGAGCGACCGUUGUUCUUCCAAUGGGAAACCCGGCUUAGAGUUGCUGCAUCCCACACCCACAGGCCUUCCCCUCUCAUUCAGUGUAGCCAAGGACGCAGAUGGGCGAUCAGUUUUUGUCAGCGAUCUCUAUCAUGUUGUAACUAGGGACAUUGCUCCGUUCCGACAGAACGAGAGUGACGUGAAAGGUGGUAUCCUUGCCGAGGAAAUGGGCCUAGGGAAGACCGUCGAGACGAUAUCCCUUAUCUGCAUGCACACGCGCGAGGGCUCCGCAACUAUACAUACCUACUUUGCUGCUGAUAAUGUGCGCCUUACCGGCGCAACCUUGAUCAUCACCCCACUUACGCUUCAAAAACAAUGGAUCGCCGAGUUUAAGAAGCAUGCACCCCAUCUACGUGUAACAGUAUACCAUGGGAUGAAGGGGUUUGAAGGGGAUGAGGAUGAGCUAGUCUCCAGCUUAGUUGAACAGAACGUCGUCAUCACGACUUAUAAUGUCCUCCAGGCUGAGAUUCAUCACACCGAGAAGCCUCCCGAUCGGUUUAUGCGACACGAAAGGAAGUAUGAUCGCUUGACGACCCCUUUAACCAAAAUCUCUUGGUGGAGGGUUUGCUUGGACGAAGCGCAACAGAUCGAAAGCGGCGUUAGUAAUUCCGCCAAGGUCGCAAGACUAAUACCCCGUGUUAACUCUUGGGGUAUCACCGGAACACCGGUCAAGGAGAAUAUUAAGGACCUAUGGGGCUUAUUAGUCUUCCUCCGCUAUGAGCCCUUCGCAUCCUCAACGGCUAUAUGGGAAGGAUUGAUAACAACUCAUAAAGAAUUUUUCAAGCCUCUGUUCAACCGUAUUGCCCUCCGACAUACCAAGCGCGCCGUUCGUAGCGAAUUAACACUACCGCCUCAGAAACGUUUUGUCAUAACUAUGCCCUUCACCGCUAUUGAAGAGCAACAUUACCGAGAACAUUUCAAACAACUUGUAACAAAUCUCGGACUCGACACAAACGGCGCGCCGCUGGAAGAUAGUUGGGACCCUGAUGACCCUUCUACAAUAGAUAUGAUGAAACGUGCCCUCGACCAACUCAGACAGUCAAUUUUACAUCCUUCGCUAGGUUCGACCCAUUCACUUCGUGCCCAAAUUCAAAAGAAUAAGCCGUUGCGGACGGUCGCAGAGGUAUUAGACGCCAUGAUUGACGCGUCGGAAUCUUCUAUCCGAGCAGACCAACGAAGCUACUUACUUGGACAGUUAGAGCGAGGUCAGAUACUAGAAAACCGAUCAAAGUUCCGUGAGGCUAUUGGUGUCUGGGAGAAAGUUGUCGAGGAAGUCAAAUUCUUGGAAGAUGAGUGUCGACAACAGCUAGAAAUUGAAUUAAAAAAGCUCAAACGAACGAGUCAAGAUGAAGAUAUCGACGAUACUAAGAGCACAAGUUCUCAGAAUGACGAGGGUCCGGAUGAAGCAACGGCCGGACGAAUCAGUGAAUGCCGACGUAAGUUACGAUCCAUGCUCGAUAUCCAUCAUAGGGCUGUUUUCUUCAUCGCUAGCGGUUAUUACCAAAUGAAAGACAACCUAGAGCAGACACAAUCUGAUUCUGAGCAAUACAAAUUACUGGACGAAAAGGAAACUUCCGGAUACGAAACCGCGAAAAAUAUCCGAAAGGAGAUCUUGCACGAAGCACGCUCAAAAGCCUUCAUAUACAUCGAGGGCCUCGGUAGAAAAGCUAGGUCGCAGGCAUUUGUCGAUGUCCCUGAAAUCACGGUUCCUUCAUUGCACGGAUUGGAGAGCAGACGGGUCUUGGAUAACUUCCAGAUUCUUGGCUUCGCCCUUAACGCACAGGCUGACUUGAUGGAUCAAUGGCGAGAAUGUGCUGUUCAGAUGUUAAUUCGACCACUUGUCGACGAGGAAGAUGAACCGGUGACUGGUAAUGAAUAUGAGGACUCGACGAAGAUCCAGGACGAAUUAAUGGUGUAUACAUUGGCACUUAGAGCUCUCAUUGCCGACCGACAAGAUGCGACUUCCGGCUUGGAAAACGAACGUAUAAAAUACGAUACUAAAUUCGCCGAGGACCAAGCUAAGGAAGGGAAAGGCCAUGCCCCUAAGCUGGUACUCAAGUUACUCGAGGAACGCAAAAAGGUGAAGUCGUUGUCUCAAGGAAUUUCGUUCCGAGGUAUCGUCACGGAUCUCCGAGAAUUGGCAACAAAAGUCCGCCACGACAUUAGUAACGGAAGCCAUCGUGCCAAGGUCGAGCUAGAUAUUGUCGAGAAGCAACUUCGCGCAGCGCAAGAACAAAUCGCCGCGCAAAAUAAGGCUACGACGGUUUUGGAACGUGAGCUUGAUGUUUUCACUACAGCAAUGAACUGCCGUGUGGAUUACUAUAGGCAACUUCAGGGCGUGUCUGAUACAGUCGUGCCGCUUGAUAUGGUAAAGAUUGGAGACUGGAUCCGGGCAUUGGACAGGAUUCAAGAAAACGAUGAUUUCCUACGUAAGAAGGUUGCACUGGCGGUAUCCAAGCACCGUUACCUACUCCAUCUAAAAGAUGGCGGCGGUCAGAAAGCCGAAGAGAUUUGCGUGAUCUGCCGAUCCCCGUUUGCGCUAGGAGUUCUCACCGUAUGUGGUCAUAUGUUCUGCAAAGAGUGUCUCAUGUUUUGGUUUAAGACCAGCCGAAGCUGUCCUGUUUGCAAGAAACACCUCACGACAGCCAUGCUUCACGAUAUCACCCUGAAGAAGCAGGAGCUGAGAGUUCAUCAAGAACACACUCAAGGACAAUCCCAAGUCGCAAAUGAAGAUGAUUCGGUUACCAAAUCGAAGAGCCAAGGCAUCUAUUCUGAGUUCGGUAAAGGGAAGCUAGAGGCUAUUAAGAGCAUUGAUCUUAACGGGCCGUCGUAUGCCACGAAGGUUGAAACCCUAACGAAGCACCUAAAAUGGCUGCGCGUGGAAGACCCAGGCGCCAAAUCUGUUAUCUUCUCCCAGUUCGCGGGCUUCCUAGACAUUCUUCGAAGUGCCUUUGAUCACUAUAACAUAGGUUACACUUCGUUCAAAAUGAAGGACGGCAUCCAGAAGUUCAAGGAAGAUCCAGCUAUCGAAUGCUUCCUUAUGGACGCUAGAUCACAUGCUAGUGGUCUUAAUCUUGUGAAUGCAAGCCACGUGUUCCUAUGCGAGCCUGUUCUCAACACGGCUCUAGAACUACAAGCCAUAGCGCGAGUGGACCGUAUCGGACAAGAGCAUGAGACAACCGUGUGGCUAUACCUGAUCGAUGGCACAGUCGAGGAAUCUAUUUACAACCUAUCGGUGAAGCGUCGACUCGAGCAUCUAGGCAAGAACGCUAGUAAUAACACGAAGACCAAAAAUGGCAAAGGGAAGGGAAAACAAAGGGAAGGCGAGCGAGAUGACGAACAGAUGCCGGAGCUGUCCGACCUCAGCCUCGAGGCGGCCAACUCUAUGGAGUUGGAACAGGCCGAACUGUCGAAAUUGAUGAGCAAGGAUCGAAGUCUCGGCGAAAACAUCGAUAAGAACGAUCUUUGGCAGUGCCUCUUCGGUCACGUUGCUAAGCAGCAGGCGGCUACCGACGAGAGAAUGAACGAUCCGGCUGUGAUUGGAUUCUUAGCUGGUGAGGCGGCCGAGGCGAGGCGCCUGGACGAGGACCAGGGGAGUGAAUAAUGAAGUGGAUACGACUUUAUUACCGAGGACUUGACGACAAUGAGGAGAGGCAAAGUGAUUUUUUUUUACCUAUCUGCAUGGCUGAUCAGGAAAAGCCUAGAGCAUUGAUGAGGCGUCGAGGUGUCUUACCUGUUAGAAUUGUGUUGGAAUUGACGGACGGCCCGGAUUUGCAUCAGUCGAGGAGUUAGGAGUCGUUGAGCAAUAGUGAUAGGAGGAGGUACCUCGAUACGAUACGUGUGGGUGGCUUAAAGCACGGCUCGGCCUUUUGCCCCUGAAAAUCGUGUUGCUAGAGCCCGCCACCUGAGAAAGAAGCCCAAAUGAAUGAAUAUACCCCCGAGAUUAUACGUGAGAAUCUUUCAAGUAGGACUCGCCCGGUGAAGAUUAAUCUUUGCUUUGCGUAAUUGAUUGGUUAUCGUGAGUA